UUUAACCUACGACUUUAACGUGCAAUCUCAAGUUUCACACGAGACAGUUGUUUUGCGUACGUGUUAACAGCCUUGAAUGACUUAAAUAGUUUCGAAGGGUUCAGAAAGCCAGGAAGUACUGAUCGAAGCCUUUACGAACCCGAAAGUGCGGACAUCUGAGAGAUUCAGUAAAGAAAAAGGAGGAAUUGAAGGAUACGGAUCUCGUUUCAAGAAAAUAGGCGUCGCGAUAUAUCUUAUGUGACCCUUUCACCGAAAUUCUAAAAAUGGGAGUUCCGUCAUCUGCAAGCACGGAAGUCAAUAUACUGAACGAGAUUUAUUAUUUAAAAAGUCAGAUAGAGCAAUAUAAACAAAAAACACAAAUUUUGCAAUCCAAUGAGAAAACUAACUGUUCCAACAGAAAGUUUAAAUUUGUAAAGCCGAAAGUUCAAUCAGAUCUGGUUUGCCAUUCUUCUUUGAAUUCUAAAAUGUUACCUGAGACCUCAACUAAAAAUGUACAUGUAAAUUCUACAUUGCUCACCACAAAUGUUCACGUUAAUCCCAAUUUUAAACCACAAAAAUCAACAGUGCAUAUCAAUCCAAAUAUCCAUGCUAAACCUUUAAUACAUAUUAAUCCAAAAGUGAUGCAUGAUAUUUCCAAUUCAAAUCAAAAACUACAAAAUAAUAUAAGCGUAACAAAUGCAAGUACAACAAAAACAAAUAAUAGUACUGGACAAGCGAAUGUCAAAAGAUCUAUAUAUGUUAAUCCAACAUUAUUGAAAAAAUUAUCUUCCAAGGAAAAGUCGACAAAUUCUAAAGAAUCAGUUGCAGCAGAACGACCUGUUUGUUCAAGAUUGAAGUUUAUAAAAAAUAUCGAUAAUCGAAAGAUUUCUCCAAGAAAGACUAGUAAUUCUAGCAUUAUACUUUUAUCACGUAGAAAACUCGUGAGAGUAUCUACUACGAAAAACACAUCAAAAAUUUCUCCAUUGCACCAACGUAGAUUAUCGAAACAUGCAGAGUUAAAAGAUAAAAAAUUAGGGACAACGCAAAAAUCUAUAAAAAUGAAACCAUUAAUAAGUAACACAUUACAAUCUACAAGCAUGGUACUUAAUUUAUCAAAAUCAAAUAUCGAUAAAUCUAAAGUGACCAAAUAUAAGAUAGACAGAACUGCGUUGCAUGUAUCAAAAGCUAAGGAAAUCGGUCUGUCAGAAACGACGAAAGUUAUUUUGUAUUACAGAAACGACACAAAGAAACUUGUUACUAUUGGUGGUAUUGUUUAUAGAGCUUCCAAAAACAAAUUAAUUCGAAGGAACUCUUUAUUAAAACGGAAACGAUCAAUCAAUGGAAAGAAUGAUAAAUUUGUUAGUUUUAAUAAAAAACAACGAAUGAGCAAAGAAAGUUUAAAUCGCACGUCAGAAGUGGACCUCAGUAGCAAAACAAAAUUUGCUUUUAAUGUAUCUCCAAAAGCAACUUACAAAAAUAGUAUCAGCAACAAAGCAAAGCAACGAAGCAUACGAAUUCUACGAAAUAAAAUGCACAAAAAUAACCAGCCUUGCUUAAUUUAUCAACGAUUUGGAUCUUGUCCAAAUUAUGAAAAUGGAACGUGUCCUAAACGACAUGAUAAAAAUCAGGUGUCGCUCUGCAAAAAUUUUCUGCAAGGGAAGUGUUUCUUAAACAAAUGCUCUUUAUCUCACGAUGUUGGACCUGAAAAAAUGCCUACAUGCAAGUACUUCCUCGAUGGCUGCUGCACAAGAGAUGCCUGUCCUUAUCUUCAUGUUAAAGUGUCUUCUAACACUUCAAUCUGUAUAGAUUUUCUACAAGGAUAUUGUGCUAAAGGAAAUAAGUGUCAACGACGUCACGAGUAUCUUUGUCCUGAAUUUAACAAGUCGGGGAAUUGCAGCAAAGGUGAGUGUUGUCCUUAUCCUCAUAAAUCGCAUUCCUUUAAUUCCGAAAAAAACACUAAGUACUUGAAUAAAACGCAUGAUACGCAAAAAUAUCAUGCCACACUUGCCACAGAUGGUAAUUCUGAGAAUUCAAAUUCAGAAGGCCGAUUAAGAUAUUAUGAAUUAACUAGUUUAUCUGAAGAACUAAAGAAAAAGAAAGAAAUUCAAAUUGAAGAUUCUAUAAAGCAAAUUAAAACUAAUGAAAUUAAAGAAAACGAAUCUUCAUUCAAAGAAGAUAAACGUGAAUUAGGGAUAACGGUUUAUGAUCAUAAUGUAAAAAAGAAAAUUUCUAUUGGCGGUUAUAUCCCUAUUGAUCAUCUUUAAUUAACAUUUAUAUAUACAUUAUUUUUUAGUAAAUAAUUUUUGAAGUUAAUUUAAGAAUC